GUUAUCUACAGUGUCCUGCACGUCGCCACUGACGUCACCUCGCCGUGGCCGUUAGAGUAGAGAGGGAGGGCGAGAGGGUGGCCUUCAUUGCGGCGGCGUACUGUACGUGCGCUGGUGGCGUCGCGAAGCGGUCAGUUCAGGGGUUCAAAGAGGAAAAACAUGGCGGACAACAAAGGAGGCGGUGGCGGAGAGACGGAAGGUUCCGUGAGCAGCGACAACAACAACAAUGGCAGCGGACAGGACGGGAACGCUGCGGGCACUGAGGCCCAGGCCAUGGAAGAGACCGAGAACGGGGAGAAGGCUGCGGCCCCCGUUGUGCCAGUGGCUGCCCAGGCAGCGGAGAGCCCGGCCCCCCCCUCCUCCUCCUCCUCAGCAGCGGCCUCUUCUUCCACCACUGCCCCAUCGUCCACGUCGUCCGUGGUGUUUAACCUGCUGGAUACGUGUUCCGUGUGCAAGCAGAGCUUACAGAACCGGGACUCGGAGCCUAAACUGCUGCCCUGCCUGCACUCCUUCUGCCGCCGCUGCCUGCCGGAGCCUGAGAGGCAGCUCAGUGUGCCCCUGCCUGGUGGCAGCAACGGGGACAUCCAGCAAGUGGGUGUGAUCAGGUGUCCGGUUUGCAGACAAGAAUGCAGACAAAUCGAUCUAGUGGAUAAUUACUUUGUGAAAGACAUAUCUGAAUCGCCAAAUGGCACCGAUGAGAAGUCUGAGCAGGUUUGUACAAGUUGUGAAGACAACUCGAGUGCUGUUGGGUUAUGUGAGGAGUGUGGGGAAUGGCUUUGUAAGACAUGCAUAGAAGCACAUCAAAGGGUUAAAUUCACUAAGGACCACAUUAUCACAAAGAAAGAAGAUGUCUCUUCGGAUUCGGUGGGAGCUUCAGGGCAGCGUCACGUUUUCUGUCCCGUCCAUAAACAGGAGCAGCUGAAACUGUUCUGUGAAACUUGUGACAGACUAACUUGUCGUGACUGCCAGCUUCUUGAGCAUAAGGAACACAGAUACCAAUUUUUGGAGGAGGCCUUUCAGAACCAGAAGGGUGCAAUUGAGAACCUGUUAGCCAAGCUUUUGGAAAAGAAGAACUAUGUUCAUUUUGCAGCUACUCAGGUCCAGAACAGGCUAAAAGAAGUGAAUGAAACUAAUAAAAGAGUGGAACAGGAAAUUAAAGUUGCAAUCUUCACCUUAAUAAAUGAAAUAAAUAAGAAGGGCAAAUCUCUCUUACAGCAGCUGGAGAGUGUCACAAAAGAAAGACAAAUAAAGCUUGCGCAGCAGCAAAAUGACAUAACUGGCCUGUCUAGGCAAGUGAAACACGUGAUGAACUUCACAAACUGGGCGAUCGCGAGUGGCAGCAGCACAGCGUUGUUGUACAGCAAGCGGCUGAUCACUUUCCAGUUACGUCACAUUUUAAAGGCUCGGUGUGACCCAGUACCAGCAGCAAAUGGAGCCGUAAGGUUCCACUGUGACCCAACUUUCUGGGCUAAGAAUGUAGUUAAUUUAGGUAACCUUAUUGUUGAAAAUAAGCCGACGUCCGGGUACUCUCCUAAUGUGGUUGUGGGGCAAGGUCCCCAGGGAACAAAUCAUGUAAAUAAACCCCCUGCGCAAAUUAACCUAGCACAACUCCGACUACAGCAUAUGCAGCAGCAGGUGUAUGCGCAAAAGCACCAGCAGCUUCAGCAGAUGCGGAUGGUUCAGCCUCCUAACCCGCAUCAAAGGCCAUCUGGCCCACAAGUAAUGCAUCAACAGCCUCCAAGGUUAAUCAGCAUGCAAACCAUGCAGAGGAAUAACAUGAACUGUGUAAGUUACCAAGCGCAUCAGAUGAGAGUGGCACAGAAUGCACACAACGUUGUACAGAAUGCCAAUCGCAUGCCUGGUGUGCCCCGUCACAACGGCCCUCAGUACUCAAUGAUGCAGCCUCAUCUCCAAAGACAGCACCACUCUAACCCUGGGCAUGCUGGUCCAUUUCCAGUAGUCUCAAUCCAUAAUAAUGUAAUCAAUCCUACUAGCCCUACAACAGCAACCAUGGCAAACGCAAACCGAGGCCCAACCAGCCCGUCUGUUACAUCAAUAGAAUUAAUUCCAUCUGUAACAAAUCCAGAGAACCUUCCUUCUCUGCCUGACAUCCCCCCCAUUCAGUUGGAAGAUGCUGGGUCAAGCAAUUUAGACCACAUAUUAAGUAGGUACAUCUCAAUUGGUCACCAGCUUCCACAGCCAACAAGCACUAUGAAUCCAUCCCCAGGACCAUCUGCCAUGUCACCGGGCUCAACUGGCUUGUCCAACUCUCACACACCAGUAAGGCCUCCCAGUACAUCAAGCACAGGCAGUAGAGGAAGUUGUGGUUCCAGUGGUCGAACUGUUGAUAGAAACGCAUUUAAAUCGGAUGCAAUGAAGGUGAAGCAGGAACCUGGCACAGAAGAGGACGUGUGUAGUUUCUCAGGAGCCGUUAAGCAAGAGAAAUCUGAGGAUGGCAGACGAAGUGCAUGCAUGUUAAGCAGUCCAGAGAGCAGCCUGACCCCACCGCUCACCACCACGCUGCACCUUGAAAGUGAUCUAGAAGCCUUGGCCAAUCUGGAAAAUCAUGUAAAGACCGAGCUAAAUAGCAGAAACAGGAGUUGUGAACAGUCUUCCCAUGGUACUCUCGUAAAUGGAAAAUCGCCUGUCCGUAGUUCUAUGCAUCGGUCACCAAGAGGUGGAGUCAGUGGUGAUGGGACAAACAAAGAUGAAGAUCCAAAUGAAGACUGGUGUGCGGUGUGCCAAAAUGGAGGAGACCUCUUAUGUUGUGAAAAGUGCCCAAAGGUUUUUCACCUCACAUGUCAUGUCCCAACACUGCUUAGUUUUCCAAGUGGUGAAUGGAUGUGCACGUUCUGUAGAGACCUGAACAAACCUGAAGUAGAGUACAAUUGUGACAACUCUCAACACAGCAAGAAAGGGAAGACAGUUCAAGGCUUGAAUCCUGUGGACCAAAUGAAAUGUGAGCGACUGCUACUGUAUAUCUACUGCCAUGAGCUCAGCAUUGAGUUUCAGGAACCAGUUCCUGCAUCAAUACCAAAUUAUUACAAGAUAAUUAAGAAGCCCAUGGAUCUAUCCACAGUGAAGAAGAAGCUGCAGAAAAAGCACUCUCAACACUACCAGACACCUGAAAACUUUGUUUCCGAUGUCAGGCUUAUAUUCAAGAACUGUGAAAGGUUCAAUGAGAUGAUGAAAGUUGUUCAAGUUUAUGCAGAAACACAAGAAUGUAAUCUGCAGAUUGACUCUGAAGUGGCCCAAGCAGGAAAAGCUGUGGCUUUAUACUUUGAGGACAAACUUCCAGUAAUCUAUCCUGACAGGACCUUCCCACCAUUGUCUGAGUUUGAACCAGAGGAGGAUGAUGGUGAAGUAACAGAGGAUUCAGAUGAGGAUUUUGUACAGCCUCGAAGAAAACGUCUAAAGUCAGAUGAGAAGCCGGUGCAUAUAAAGUGAUUUGAAUGCCCUGGACUUGACGGUUUUCUGUAGAGAUAUAACUUUAAGUACCUAUUUAAGUGUUCCUGGAAUAUCUUCUCGCCUACGUUGGCUACCUUCAUUGAGAAGGUGGGAACUUUUAGACAGUAUUAGACCAACUAAUUUGUACAGAAGAGAUGAACAUUCUUUUAAAGAAGAUGGAAACUUAUUGUCCCUUUUUUUUUUUUCUUGACUUUUU